AUGUCUCAGAUUGAGCGCAUUACAGAAUGUCUGGAGAAGCCAGAGUUAGAUGAUCGCACCUAUCGCGUCAUUCGCCUGCCAAAUCAGCUGGAGGCGUUCCUCGUGCACGACCCUGAUACAGACAAGGCGAGCGCCGCUGUCAACGUCAAUGUUGGCAACUUCUCCGAUGAAGAUGACAUGCCAGGAAUGGCCCAUGCUGUAGAGCAUCUCUUAUUUAUGGGUACAAAGAAGUACCCCAAGGAGAAUGAAUACAACCAAUACCUUGCCGCCCACUCCGGUUCAUCCAACGCAUACACCGCCGCGACUGAAACAAACUACUUUUUCGAGAUCGCAGCCACCGGCGAGUCAAGUGAGGCGAAAUCGACCGGACAGAACACCCCUACUGACUCGACCAAUGGGACAAACGGCACAGCAAGUGAGAGUGCAUCCACUUCCAACGGGGAUGUGAAUGGCAAGUCUCCCUUCUAUGGGGCCUUGGAUCGAUUCGCCCAGUUCUUUGUUGCUCCUCUCUUCCUCGAGUCAACAUUAGAUCGCGAGCUGCGGGCGGUGGACUCCGAGAACAAGAAGAAUCUGCAGAGUGAUUUGUGGCGGUUGAUGCAGCUGAACAAAUCUCUAUCAAACCCGAAGCACCCCUACCACCAUUUCUCUACCGGAAACUUGCAGACUCUUAAGGAGGACCCGCAGAAGCGCGGUUUGGAAGUCCGGAGCGAGUUCAUUCGGUUCUACGAGAAGCACUAUUCGGCAAAUCGGGCUAAGCUGGUAGUUUUGGGUCGAGAAAGCCUGGACACUUUGGAACAAUGGGUUUCCGAGCUCUUUUCUGAUGUUGAAAACAAAAGCUUGACCCAGAACCGUUGGGACGAUGUGCAGCCCUUUUCCGAGGCUGACAUGUGUACUCAGGUCUUUGCUAAGCCUGUCAUGGAUUCGCGUUCCAUGGACAUGUACUUCCCGUUCUUGGAUGAGGAGAACAUGAACGACACUCAGCCCAGUCGGUACAUUAGCCACCUGAUUGGUCAUGAAGGACCAGGCAGUGUCCUUUCCUACCUCAAAGCUAAGGGCUGGGCCAAUGGCCUUUCUGCAGGUGCCAUGCCCAUUUGCCCGGGAUCUGCUUUCUUCACAAUUUCCGUUCGUUUGACUCCAGAGGGUCUGAAGCUGCACCAGGAGGUUGCCAAGGUUAUUUUUGAGUACAUCGCCAUGAUCAAGGAGCGUGAGCCAGAGCAGUGGAUUUUCGAUGAAAUGAAGAACCUGGCAGAGGUGGACUUCCGAUUCAAGCAGAAGACUCCCGCUAGUCGCUUCACGAGUCGUUUGAGCAGCGUCAUGCAGAAGCAACUGCCACGUGAGUGGCUUCUCAGCGGAUCGCUUCUGCGUCGAUUCGACUCGGCAUUGAUCAAGAAGGCCAUGUCAUACCUACGUGCCGAUAACUUCCGACUAAUCAUUGUCUCUCAAGAGUACCCCGGUGAUUGGGACCAGAAGGAGAAGUGGUACGGUACUGAGUACAAGGUGGAGAAGAUCCCUGCGGACUUCUUGGCUGGCAUUCAGAAGGCUCUGGAUUCCACUGAGGCGACUCGCACAUCCACCGUGCACAUGCCUCACAAGAACGAGUUUGUGCCGACUCGUUUGUCAGUGGAGAAGAAGGAAGUUGCAGAGCCAACCAAGACACCUAAGCUGAUCCGCCACGAUGAUCGUGUGCGUCUUUGGUUCAAAAAGGAUGACCGUUUCUGGGUUCCUAAGGCGACAGUAUAUGUCACUCUGCGCAAUCCGCUUGUGUGGGCGACCCCCGCUAACCUGAUCAAAACAAAGCUCUAUUGCGAGUUGGUGCAGGACUCUUUAGAUGAGUACUCGUACGAUGCUGAGCUUGCCGGAUUGGACUAUCACCUUGCAGCAAACAUCCUUGGUUUGGAUAUCUCUGUGGGUGGCUACAAUGACAAGAUGUCAGUUUUAUUGGAUAAGGUUCUCACGACUAUGCGCGAUCUCGUUGUCAACGAAGAACGCUUUAAAAUUAUCAAGGAGCGCCUGACUCGGGCGUUCCGCAACGCUGAGUACCAACAGCCUUACUACCAGGUUGGUGAUUACACUCGGUACCUGCUGUCCGAGCGCAGUUGGCUCAAUGAGCAAUACAUUGAAGAAUUGGAGCACGUCCAAGCAGAGGACGUUAUCAACUUCUUCCCCCAGCUCUUGGCGCAAACACAUAUUGAAGCCCUCGCACAUGGCAACCUGUACAAAGAGGAUGCGCUGCGCAUGACCGAUUCAGUUGAAAAGAUUCUCAAGGGCCGCGCCCUGCCUCGAUCGCAGUGGUACUUGCGCCGCAACAUGGUUAUGGCACCGGGCAGCAACCUUGUCUACCCUCGCGAGCUGAAGGAUCCGGCGAAUGUGAACCACUGCAUCGAGUACUACCUGUACAUUGGUCUUUUCUCUGAUGACGUUUUGCGAUCGAAGCUGCAGCUUUUCUCCCAGCUUACAGAUGAGCCUGCUUUCGACCAACUGCGUAGUAAGGAGCAGCUCGGCUACGUGGUAUGGAGUGGUUCCCGCUACAACGCUACCACCAUGGGUUACCGUGUGAUCAUCCAGAGUGAGCGCACUGCCCAGUACCUGGAGACUCGCAUCGAGUCGUUCCUGCGCGACUUUGGCCCGACGCUUGAGAACAUGCCGGAUGAGGAGUUCGAAGGCCACAAGCGCAGUGUCAUCAACAAGCGUCUGGAGAAGCUCAAGAACUUGGGCUCCGAGACUGGCCGCUACUGGUCUCACGUUGGCUCCGAGUACUUUGAUUUCCUCCAGCAUGAGACCGAUGCCGCCAAUGUGCGGAAUCUGACCAAGUCUGAUCUGCUUGCCUUCUACCGCCAGUACAUCGACCCUGAAUCGACAACUCGGUCCAAGUUGGCCAUCCACUUGAAUGCGCAGAGUGUAACUGCUGAUCCAAAUGCCAGCAGCAUUAGCGACAAGCGUGUUCGUGUCAUUGAGAUGGUCAACAAGCAGCUGACCGAAGCUGGCUUCUCUGUCGACAGCGUCCGCUUGGCCACCGCGUUCGACGAGCUCGACAUGACCCUGGUUGACUACACACAGAUCGUCUACAUCGUUAAGACUUUCUUGGUCACCGAGCUUAGCCUGUCUAAAGAGCAAAUGAGCCCUGUGAUUACAAAGCUGGAGCGCGACAUUGGUAUUGAAUUGAAGCAGUUGGGCUUAGAGCCCGAGGUCAACGGCAAGACCAACGGCACCUCGUCUCCUAAGCAGGAAGCCACUGUGAUCAGCGAUGUCCCCGUCUUCAAGGCCAGUUUGCCUGUCAGCACUGGACCUGUGCCUGUCACAGACCUUACCGUAUUUGAGGAUUUUGAUGCCAAGCUGUGA